AUGUUCGAAGUGACAGUCACCAUCAUUGGUUUUAUCAUUAUUGUGGCCCUCUUGUUUUUGAAAACCAAAGAACGGAAAUCUCUGAAAACCUCUCAUUCGUCAUCUUUGAAAACUCCACCCAUCGUUUCUUCCUACAUUCCUUUUCUUGGAUGUGCUCUAGAUUACCUUCGCGAUCCCAUUUCAUUUCUCAAUCGAGUGCAAAAAGAACAACAACAAUCGCAUGAAGGCCUCUUCACACUCAAGUUGGCCAACAAGUACGUUACCAUGAUUUCAUCCAUCGAAUCUGUUCCGAAUUUUCCACAAUUCUUUUACAACACUUCGGAAGAAGCCAUUAGUUUUUAUCAUGUAUUUAACGACUUCUUUCAAACGAUACUUCCAUUUAAUGUGAUUGAAAUGGAAACCUUCUCAGCAAAAUCAAUGAAGCAAUUGAAAAUGAUGCAACACAAAAUUAUUCCCAAAUUGGAAGAUUAUGUGGAAAUUAUUUCAUUUCACUUACAGAGAUUUUUCAGUUUGGAACAUUUAUCAAAAAAGAAAGAUCUUCAAAUUGACAAUGAACGGUCUUUCAUUUUCGAUCCCAUGCAAUUAUUUACUGAGCUUGUUCUUUUAAUUAAUGCUUCAUCGAUUGUGGCCAAAGAAUUGGGAACGAAUGAAGAAUUUCGAGAGAGACUCUUAGAGGUAUUCCCUAAAAUGAAUCAUGGACUCGAGGGUAUUGCUCUUUCACUUCCUUCAGCAUUUCAAGUGUUGUUUUCGAAUGUAAGGGAGGGUCGACAUGCAUUUCUUGAAUUUACAAAAUUAAUACGUGACAUUUUAAUUGCAAGAGAUCAUCCACCCAAUCCGCCAUCACAACAAGAACUUGAACAAUGGAAGAACACCGUCAAUGAUUUUCAAGAGCAUGAAGCAAGUGAUAAUCCUCGUGAGUCACAGCAAAGGUUGGAUGUAUUGAUAAUUCUCUCCACCGAAUUACGUAAUUCCUUAAUAACAGCACAAUCAACACAAAAACAACCACAAAAUGGCGAAGAGAUCUCCAAUGCAAAUGGCACCUCCACACUCUCCUGGAAUGAAAUCUUUGAGAACUAUUCCUCGAAAUUUCAAUCCAUGUGUGCCAAACUCUUGGUCAUGAUUUAUGCUGGAUCUACCGUGUGUAAAUCCUCUGCCUAUACUCUUCUCUCUGUAUUGAAUGAAAAGUCUUGUCAAGUGAAAUACAUGAAAGAAAUUGAAAAACUCUACCAAGAAUUUACACGCACUACCACCACCAUUAGUAAGGUAUUCAAACAUGAAGAAGAGUUGGACAACUUUUCAAAAAGUUCAUGUUUUUUCAACACCGAAUUUGUUCUGUAUUAUGCACGACAUGCCAACUAUGCAGAAAGUUGUGUGAAAGAAACAUUGCGAAGAUUCACAGGUCCACUAGUCUUGCGGAAAGUGAUGAAACCUUUGACCCUCAAGGCACACGUCUUGAAUCGUAGGAUGAUGAGCAUUAAUCAUCAUGAACAUGGAAAAGAAAACCCUCCAUGCUGCUGCUGCGUAGAGGAGGUGGAGAUUGAAUACAAACUUCCAAUGGGAAAAGAUCAUUUCCUUGCUCUCUCACCUUUUCAUUAUCAUCAUGAUGAAGAAAUAUUUCCAAAUCCUUACGAGUUCAUUCCAGAACGAUUCAUGGCCUCGAGUUCUGAAUCAACCGACUCGUCAACAACACCUAUAACGUAUAGGUCCACAACCAAAUCUACCAAUAGUACUUGCUCUUCCAAUCUUCAACCUUUCAAUCAGGGAUUUCAUGCCUUCUCUGCAGGUAAACACGUCUGUUUGGGAGCAAAGAUUGCAAUCAUUCAGAGCAAGUGUAUUGUGGGAUGUGUAUUGGCCUUAUUUGGUGGAGAAGUUGCUUCUUCUUUGAAUAAUCCUCCACCAACCUUGGCAACUCCCUUAGAAGAACCAGAUUACUCAGUCAUUGGCAUUGCAAAACCAAAAAAACCAUGCUUUGUGAAAUGUUAUGUGUGA